CGAAACCAAGAGUCGGAUGUUUAAGUGACUGAGCCACCCAGGCGCCCCAGGUUAUUGAGAGGAGCAGGCCCAGUGAGGCCCCGAGGAAGCAGAAGGGUGGCCAGGGUGGAGCUUUGUGGGGACGCAAAGGGGAACUGACAGCCAGCAGGCCGUCCCCUCCCGUGAACCAGAGAGGAAGGAGGAACGCUGACCAGGAGGCCCGGAUGGAGAGGCGGCCUCCGUGGUGUCGGGCCCCGCCAGACCCGCUCUCGGGCCCCCAGCUCCUGGGUUUGCUCCUGUUUCCCUGGACCCUGCAGCUCGCAGGAGGACAGUUGGUGACCCACAUCGGCGCCCCCAUUAUGGUCUCUCUGGCCAACGAGGCCAUCUCCUUUGGCUGCAAAAUCUCCUACCCGCACACCCCCGAACUGAAGGACUUCACAGCCUGGUACUUUCACGUGGACCUUCAGAGUCAGAGGAGCUCCGAGAAGCAGAUCAACUGCUCAGCCCACCCGGUCCAAGAGAACCAGAUGCACAGCCUGAAAUGCUGGGUCACGCCCCAGCUGCCCAACGCGUCAGCCACCGGUACCUACUACUGCUCUGUGCACUGGCCAAACUUGAUAAGAAUCAGCAAAGGAAUCUUCAUCUUGGUCCGAGACACAGGGUACCGAGAGCCCCCACAGGGCGCCCAGAAGCUUCUGCUCUUUUGUUUCACGGGCCUCCUGACCCUGCUGAGCAUCUUGGUCACGGCUCUGCUCCUCUGGAAGAAGGGACAGAUGCGGGCUCCCCCGAAGCGCCUGGACCCCGGCACCACCCACGGCCAGGAGCAGCCCGUGGCCGAAUCCAUCUACACAUCUCUACAGGGCAGAGACACUGAAAUCUACUCCUCCAUCCAGACCGUGCCCGGCAGCCUGCCCCCCAACCCAGAGCCUUGUCUCCCAGCCCCACGUGGUGGAGAUCCGCCCGUGACAGCCACGCAGAAGCUACCAGACUCUUUAAUUACAGCAAAGGAUUCCACAGGACCGAUGGAUCCUCAUUUAGCCAAGCCCCUAGAAACGGCCUUUUCCGUUGUUUACAAUUUCCAACCUCACAGAAGGGGCCGCAGGAAACAUCCUUGGGCGUCAUUUGCAAAAACUUUCUCCUUGGGGAAAUGACGAGAAGGAAUCCCCGGGGCCUAGAGCGUGGACAUUCACUGUUCUAACAGAGGCUGCCAGAGGGGUCACGCGUGGAGUUUGUACCGGUUUCCGUUCCUCAAGCCUAUCUACAAGAGCUCGUUGAAUCCUGAAAACACCCUGCCAAGUGAGGGGUGGGGGGGCGUCUUCCCGUUUUACCAAAGCAGAAACCACAAUUCAGAGAGGCUGGCUGGCUAGAGGUUAUAUAGCACAGAAGGGGCAGCACUGGGCUGCCUCCAACUGUGUGUGGCCCUCCUGACUCCAUGGGUCAGGUGGGGGGGGGGGGGUUGCAUAAAGUGUCUUAGAUGGACUCACGGCCCCCAGGGCUGGGGAAGUCCUUGAAGGGACAAAUUUCUGCCAGAGAUCAACGCCCAGGCUUAUAUCGCUCAGAAUCAUAGG